CGUCACCACUCCGGCUCCCUCACCACACCAUCCUCGUCUACCCAUUCACCACAACUCAUCUCCCCAUCACAAGCCCGUCCUUCGACUAAGUAUACACUCUUCUUGCUUAGAGAACCGCCGCAAUGGUCUCCGAUUACUGUCCCGUUUAUGCCCCCUUCUUCGGUGCCAUGGGCUGCACCUCCGCCAUCGUCUUUACAUGUUUUGGCGCUGCCUACGGAACUGCCAAGGCAGGCGUUGGCGUCUCUGCCAUGGGUGUCCUCCGUCCGGAUCUGAUAGUCAAGAACAUCAUCCCCGUUGUCAUGGCUGGUAUCAUCGGCAUCUACGGCCUCGUCGUCUCAGUCCUGAUCUCCAACGAUUUAAAGCAAGAAUCCUCGCUCUUCACCAACUUCAUCCAGCUCGGCGCCGGUCUCUCUGUCGGACUUGCAGGUAUGGCCGCCGGAUUCGCCAUCGGAAUCGUCGGAGAUGCCGGUGUGCGAGGAACUGCGCAGCAGCCCCGGCUGUUCGUCGGCAUGAUUUUGAUUCUCAUUUUCGCCGAAGUCUUGGGUCUGUAUGGUCUCAUCGUUGCCCUGCUCAUGAAUUCCAAGGGCAGCACAGCUACGUGCAACCCAUAAACGCUUCGUCCAUCUCGCCGUCGCAGCGUAGCCAAUUUCCCCUGCGAUGAGAAUCCCGGCAUCGGUAUCGCUAUCUAUUGGACACACAAACACAUCUCUCCCGAAAAUGACCCAUGACCUAUACAUCUCUCAUACUUUGCAUGGCGCUCACGGAUUCAAAUAUCUUGUGCGACAUGUUGUACGUCUUAUUUGUGUAUUUUCUUUACAGUGGGCCGCCUGCACGGGCAGCUGGACGGAUUAGUGGAUGAUUAGGGAGAGAUAGGAGGCGGGAGGUGGUCAACGUAGGAAGGGAGGCAGACAGAAUAGAUAAUGGAAUCAAUUGUGGCAAAAUGCAAUCCAUCUGGUGGGAGGCGCUGCCUUUGUGUACUCUUAGGGUCUUGGUUUUUGUUUUUCUUUUGAGAGUAGAUGGGAAUGCAUUUGGCUUUCUUGGUACCAUACUGCUUUGGUUUGAAUUCGAUGGGAC